UUAAGAGAACAAGUUUUCGGCAGCAUCGGAACAAAAUCUGCUUCCCGUGCAGCGCCAAGGCCUUUAUAUUCGGAACAGGCCGAAUCGAUAGCUGUGGACGUAAGCCUAGAACGGACCCCAGAAGGAAAAAUUAGGUAUGGCACAGGUACACCCCAUCCGGAAGACGUCAGAGGAACUCAAAAAAGAACAUCAAUGGCUGGUAGGACACCAUUCGGGCAAAGGCGAAGCUUGCCAUCGUGCCUAUAGUGAUAAAACCAUCGGAGGGCGCCUGGCCAUGGCCCUGGCGAAGCAUUUUAAAUUAUAUCAACGAAAAACAACGGCAUUUCUAUCAGAGUGUUUAUCGGCUAGCAGCUAUCAAGAUGCUACGACCCGAGAUAGCCACCGAAAGACUCCCGAAGCACGUCCCGGACUCACUGGCUGUAGCCCAUCUGAAAUUCUGACGACCGGCAUGGCAUGA